AUGGAUGGGUCCAGAUAUAUAAGGCAGAAUGCACGGACCAAUUGUCAAGUUUCAUUUGGUGAAUACAUGGCGCAAUGUCGCGACAGAGAUCAUCCGAGAAAUACACAGAACAAAAUGGCGGAAAGGGUUUCCUGGCGACACUCAAAGAGUUUGUGGACAGCGUGGAGGGCCUGAAGCGCGUCAUCAUGUUCCCAGUGAGACUUCAGGACAUGGACAGACAUCAGCUACCCGCAAUGGAGGAGCGACUCCAGCAGUUCCUUGAGGAGGGACGAACCCAGACGUCACAAAACGACCUCUAUGCAUUGUACACUUUACUUCUGAACGCAAAGAGUGAACUGUUGACAGGAUGUGACGUAGCAGGACGAGAGGUUGUUGGCAAAAGUUUCUUGGGAGAACAUUUCGCCGAGGUUUCAGAGACUUUACGAAAGAUGACGGAUCUGUCCGAGUUUUUGAAGAAUAACUACGAAACCAGUCUACGGCUUAGUGACUGAAACAUAACGCAUACGUGAAACAUUGAUAACCGGGUAUUACUAAGUCUUUAAUUGUUACCUUAAAACAUUUUAUAUGGUCAACUUUGAUUCGUAAAACAUUGAUAUCCGGGUACUGCUACAUCUUUAAUUGUGACCAUAAAGCAUUUUAUAUGGUCAACUUUGAUUCUGGUUUUAGUGAAAACAAGAUGCUUUUUAUAUACCGAUAUAAAAACGUGUUGCGUUUUAAUUGAAACUAAAUUACUACAAAAUCCAGAUGUUGAACAUUCGACUUUUUUGUUUUUCAUAAGAUGAUUGUAUUAUCCAUAAAAUAUAUUAUACUUGC